UCGGUGUUUAUCGCGAAAUGAAAUUGAAUAUUGAUGGUCUCAACAUUUUAUUCCCCUAUGAAUAUGUUUAUCCGGAACAAGUCCUUUAUAUGGAACAAUUGAAAAAAGCUUUGGAUGCACCUGGUCAUUGUCUUUUAGAAAUGCCUUCUGGAACUGGCAAAACCGUUUCUUUGUUGGCUUUAGUUGUUGCUUAUAUGUGUAGAUAUCCAGAUCGUUUACAUAAAUUAAUUUAUUGUUCUCGUACAAUUCCUGAAAUUGAAAAAUGUGUUGAAGAAUUAAAAAGGCUUUUUCUUUAUUACAAAAAAGUUACAGGCGCUCAACCUAAUUUUCUCGCUUUAACUCUUUCUGCCCGCAAAAAUCUUUGUAUAAAUAAGGAUGUUGUUAGUCUAAGAAAUGGAACGGCUGUUGAUGGUGCUUGUCAACGUUUAACUGCUAGUUAUGUCAGAGCAAAGCGUGUUUUAAAUCCUGACCUGCCUUGUUGUUCCUUUUUUGAAAAAUUUGAUGAAAAAAGGGAUUUAACAUUGCCAAAUGGAGUUUUUAAUUUGCCUGAUUUGAGAGAAUGGGGACGUCAAAAUGGUAUCUGUCCUUAUUUCACCUGUCGUCAUUUAAUUGAAAGAGCCAACAUUAUUGUUUAUUCUUAUUAUUAUCUACUCGAUCCAAAAAUUGCUGAUUUGGUUUCGGUAAAUGUCCGGUUGGUGUCCUACAUGUCCGCAAAGAGAAUGCGCAUUUUUCCUUCCUUUUCUUGCAUUUUUUCCUGCAAGGAGUGACGCCCAUUCUUCCCUUAUGUAUGGUAUGCCUUUUGGCACGUCGAAGGAAAGAGGAAAAAUAAUUAAAAUUAAUUAAUAAUAAAGUACAAAUAAAUAUUUUUUUAAAUGACAGAGAAAAAAACUACAUAUCAGAACGUACAGAAAUUAUUGCUUCACUUUAUACUUAUAUCAUUACCACAUUUGAGGCAGAUCCAGCCUUGUAUAUAUUCAAUAAUUAACAUUUGGGAUUUUUUCUUUGAUCCAAUAUCGAGUUCUUUAUCGACGAAAAUUGGAAUCAACAAAUUUUCU